UGUAAUCAUAUGAGAUAAGAGAGUGGGUUGGGCAAAGUUGCCAUAUUUCUUUCCUUGGAGUGAUGCUUCCACUCAAGGAUAUGGAGUGAGUGAGAUUUCGUCAUGGAGUGGAAUGAUGCUUCUUACUUUCUGUGACCACCAUUUACAAAGGCUCUUAGAUCAUCAAGAGGCACUCAGCUACUUGAUCCACCUUUCUCACACGCUCUGUGGGAAAAGCGACAGGAGGAAGCUGCUGAAACUGAGAAGAUGAAGUGGCUUCUGCUUUUGCUGCUUCUCUGCCAUGCAGUUCCCCUACAAGGACAAUCCACAAAUGUAUCUCCCAGACCCCAAGUUGUGAACAUCGGCUCCGUUUUCACAUUCAAGUCUCUCAUUGGUAAAGUCAUCAAAGUAGCUAUGCAAGCCGCCGUUGACGACGUGAAUGCCAACCCCACCGUUCUCAACAACACUCGACUCAAUAUCAUCAUGCACGACACCAAAUUCAACGGCUUCAUGAGCAUCAUGGAACCUCUACGGUUCAUGGAGAACAAGACAGUAGCCAUAAUAGGGCCUCAAAGACCAACAUCAGCCCGUGUAGUCUCCCACGUCGCAACAGAACUAAAGAUUCCUAUACUAUCCUUCACCGCCACAGACCCCACCAUGUCUCCUCGUCAGUUCCCUUUCUUCAUCAGAACUUCGCAAAACGAUCUCUUCCAGAUGGCCGCCAUAGCAGACAUUGUCCACCACUACGGUUGGAGAGAAGUCAUCGCAAUAUACGGAGACGAUGAUUAUGGCCAAAACGGUGUAGCUGCUUUGGGAGACAAGUUAGCAGAGAAGCGUUGCAGAAUCUCAUACAAAGCAGCUUUGCCCCCCGAACCCACCAGAGAGAACAUAACUAACUUGCUGAUCAAAGUAGCUUUGAGUGAGUCACGCAUCAUUGUUGUCCACGCUUAUUUCAUCUGGGGGCUCGAGGUGUUCAAUGUGGCUCAGUAUCUUGGUAUGAUGAGCUCUGGCUAUGUGUGGAUUGCUACCAAUUGGCUUUCUACCAUCAUAGACACAAACUCUCCUCCUCUUCCCAAUAACAUUCAAGGAGUCAUCGCGCUGCGCCUGCACACUCCUGACUCGGUCAUGAAGAAGAGCUUCGUUCAGAGGUGGCGUAACGUAACUAAUGUUGGACUCAGCACUUAUGGACUGUAUGCUUAUGACACUGUCUGGCUGCUCGCUCACGCCAUUGAUGAUUAUCUCCAAAGAGGUGGAAACGUUUCCUUUUCCACGAGUCCGAUUGUGUCUGAGCUUAGAGGUGGGAACUUGCACCUUGACGCUCUCAAAGUCUUUGAUGGAGGAAAUGUAUUUCUCGAGAGCAUCUUGAAGGUUGACAGAGUCGGCUUAACGGGUAGGAUGAAGUUUACUAAAGACAGGAACCUAGUGAAUCCGUCCUUUGAUGUGAUUAAUGUCAUUGGCACUGGUCACAGGACCGUUGGUUACUGGUCUGAUCAUCUAGGCUUGUCUGUGAUGCCCCCUGAGGAGUUGGAGAACGCAUCUUCCUCGGGGCAGAAGCUUCAUAGCGUUGUAUGGCCAGGGCAGACGACGCACACCCCUCGUGGGUGGGUGUUCUCGAACAAUGGAAGACAUUUGAGGAUUGGAGUACCGAAUCGUUACAGGUUCGAAGAGGUUGUGUCGGUUCAAAGCAACGGGAUCAUCACUGGCUUCUGUGUUGAUGUCUUUGUGGCCGCUCUCAGUUUACUACCUUAUGCAGUUCCCUAUGAGCUUGUAGCUUUGGGGGAUGGUCAUGAUAAUCCAAGUAACUCUGAGCUAGUGCGCUUGAUAACUGCUGGGGUGUUCGAUGCAGGUGUUGGCGAUAUAACCAUCAUAACGGAGAGAACCAAGAUGGCGGAUUUUACACAGCCGUAUGUGGAGUCAGGGCUAGUGGUGGUGGCUCCUGUUCGGAAGUUAGGUUCCAAUGCUAUGGCGUUCUUGAGGCCGUUCACUCCCCAGAUGUGGCUUAUUGCAGCUUCCUCUUUCCUCAUAGUUGGUGCUGUCAUUUGGUGUCUGGAGCACAAACACAAUGACGAGUUUCGAGGCCCUCCUCGUAGACAAGUCAUCACUACUUUCUGGUUCAGCUUCUCAACUCUUUUCUUCUCACAUAGAGAGACGACGGUCAGCAACCUUGGAAGAAUAGUGCUGCUUAUAUGGCUAUUCAUUGUUCUCAUAAUCAACUCAAGUUACACCGCCAGCCUCACGUCAAUUCUGACAGUUCAUCAGCUAUCAUCACCAAUCAAAGGCAUAGAGACAUUGCAAACAAACAAUGAUCCUAUUGGUUAUCCACAAGGGUCCUUUGUCAGAGACUAUCUGGUUAACGAGCUCAGGAUCCACGAGUCAAGACUAGUCCCUCUUUGGUCUCCAGAGGAAUACGAGAAGGCCUUAAGAGAUGGUCCAGGAAAAGGUGGUGUUGCUGCUAUUGUUGGUGAACGUGCUUACAUAGAGCUUUUCCUCUCAAACCGAUGCGAGUUCGGCAUAGUUGGUCAAGAGUUCACUAAAACCGGUUGGGGAUUUGCAUUCCCACGUAACUCUCCUUUGGCUGUUGACGUUUCAACGGCGAUUCUGCAGCUAUCAGAGAACGGAGAUUUGCAGAGAAUACGAGACAAAUGGUUGCUAAGGAAAGCUUGUUCGUUGCAAGGCGCAGAGAUAGAGGUGGAUAGGCUGGAGCUUAAGAGCUUUUGGGGAUUGUUUGUGGUGUGUGGACUGGCAUGCGUUGUUGCUCUUGCAGUGUAUAUAGUGAUGAUGAUACGUAAAUUCGGAAGACACUGUCCUGUAGAAGCAGAGGGAUCGAUAAGGAGAAGAAGCUCACCAUCGGCAAGUAUCCACUCUUUUCUCUCCUUUGUGAAGGAGAAAGAAGAAGACGUCAAGGCUCGGUCCUCUAGAGAAAGGCAGCUUGAACAUAUCUAAGUCCUUCCAGAUUAAGUGUUUCCUAUGCACCAGAGAGACCUCAUAAUGGCUCUAGUAUGUACUUAUCCCUCUUUGGUUCUUCACUUGAUAUCAAACCUAUUAGUAUUUAACCCAUGUGGUUGUGAUUAAUAUCUAGGCCUGGGAAAAACAAUUGGAACCG